UGGCCGGGUUUUCCGGCCCAGGGGAAUCUAAGUGGAACCCGGCAUUCCCCUCUUCCCCCCGCCUCUAGCCUCUGAGUGGCGCCCUAGGCGGCGAGGCGAGGGCGGUCCUCCUCAGAGCCGCCGUUAGACUGGAGGCGACUUGCGGUUGAGCCCUGGGAAGAGGGAGCGGCUUCUGCGAAGCCAGGCCGUCUGAGCUCUCCUACAAGUUUUGAUACAAUGGAAAGAAGCACCUCAAAAGGUCCAGGAAGUGAAGGCUUUCAUCUUCCCAGAAGGACAAAGGAAGAAGAUUAUUUUAUUGAUUUCGUUCUGGACCAGACUGGGCCUCAGUUGUCAGAUCUGGAGCUGGUGGUGUAUCCGGCACAGGAGCAGAAUUGUUCCUAGAUCAAAAUGAUGACAGUAGAUCUGAAGGUGUGUAAGUACUGGAAUGCUCAUUUCAGGGCUCUGUGGGAGACCAAGGGACCUGUGGCAGAGAACGCCAGUCAGCAUAAGAAACAUGCCCCACAGAUGGAUAGUCUCAAUCCCGAAAGGUCUCACCAGCACUUCCGGAACUUCCUCUGUCAUGAAGCAGCUGGACCCCGGGAGGCUGGUGACCAGCUCCAGGAAUUAUGCCGUCGGUGGCUGAGGCCAGAUAUUCAUUCAAAAGAGCAGAUCUUGGAACUUGUGGUGCUAGAGCAGUUCCUGACCAUUCUGCCCGGGGACACCCAGACUCUCAUAAAGAAGCACCAUCCACAGAGCAUCGAGGAGGCUGUGGUCCUCGUAGAACACUUGCAAAGGGAAACUGGCCAAACAAGGAAUGGGGUUGCAGUCCAGGAGCUGGGAAAGGAGGCAGUGCUCUUGGGAGAAGCAGCAGAGGCCCCAGGCUUCCAGCUGAAGCCAGCAGAGUCCCAGCCAGUGGGCAUGUCCCUGGAGGAAGAAGUUUGGAAUAUACAGCAGGGUCUACAAGAGCCACUGAGCAGGAAUACCCACCAAGAACCUGAGCCCGUAUGUGAGAGGGUGGUACCUACUUACCAGAUCCUAGCCUUUCCUGAGGAAACAAACACCAAAGACUGGACAGUGGCACCUGAGUUCAUCUUGCCUGAGUCCCAGGGUUUGUUGACAUUUGAGGAAGUGGCCAUAUACUUUUCCCAGGAAGAAUGGGAACUACUGAAUCCCACUCAAAAGGCCCUCUACAAUGACGUAAUGCACGAGAACUAUGAGACUGUCAUCUCCCUAGCAUUAUUUGUGCUCCCCAAACCUAAAGUGAUCUCCUAUUUAGAGCAAGGGGAAGACCCAUAUAUUCAAGGAUCUCCAGUGUUCAAAGACAAUCCUGAAGAGCUGCUUUCAGAGAUAAAGCUGAAAAAUGACAUGGAAAAUCAUCAACUCAUGUGUCUUUCUGACUUAGAAAUACAAGCACCAGGAGACAUAGUAUCAAAAAAAGCCAGUGUGAAUGUUCAUCAGAAAACAACGGGCAAAGAAAAUCAUGGUGAUGUGCGUAGGCUGGGGAAAUGGCACCAGGAUUUUCCAGGGAAGGAAAGAAAUAAACUUUCCAACUGGUGGGAGGAAGAGCUGCUGAAACUUAUGGAGCUUCAUAAGAAAGAACGUGCAACAGAGAAGCCUUUUAAAUGUCAGGAAUGUGGGAAAAGCUUCAGAGUUAGUUCUGACCUUAUUAAGCACCAAAGAAUUCACACUGAGGAGAAACCGUAUAAAUGUCAACAGUGUGAUAAGAGGUUUAGAUGGAGGUCAGAUCUUAAUAAGCACUUAACCACACACCAAGGAGUAAAACCAUAUAAAUGCUCCUGGUGUGGGAAAAGCUUCAGUCAAAAUUCACAUCUCCACACACAUCAAAGAAUUCACACAGGAGAGAAGCCCUUUACGUGUCAUGAAUGUGGAAAAAAAUUCAGUCAAAAUUCCCACCUUAUUAAACACCGGAGAACCCAUCUAUAACAUGUGCAAGCGUCAGUGAAUGCUCAAGACUUUGACACCAGAAUUGACACCAAUGAAGAAAAGCUUGUCCAGUGUUCUUAGUCUAAAAAAUUUACCAACCAGAGUUUAACCCUAAAGUUUAUGAAAAAUUUCAAAAUUAAGAAGCAUAAAGAAUUUUUUACCAGUGGAAAAUUUGGUGAUAUAAACAUCAUGUUUCAGAGAAAGAAAUUAGGGUUGACUGUGAGAGGAAACAGUAGUGGUUAGUUGUACUACUUACUGUUUUUACUUAAAACUAUCACUGAAUUCCUUAGGAAAAUAGGUGUUCUAAGAACCUGAGUAAGGGAAAAAGCUUUUGGGAUUGUAGCUGACAGAAUAGCAACACCAGUUUCAAAUAGCAGAUGCAGCCAUGAGUCACCAGUCUCCUGUGGUCACAGAGGUAAAUAUUGUUUUUCAUUGAUCUUCCAGCCACUGUUAAGCUCUUAUGAUAGAAACAUUUGUAGCAUAGUUUUCCAAAAUAAAAAGCAGUAAUAUACGUGUUUCAUUACAUACAUUGUCUUUCAGGUAGCCAACUUAGCAGUUUCAAUAGUCUUUUGGGGCAGAAAUGAAUUGUAAUAUAAAGUUUUCCAGAAACCAAGUUGAAUUUUCUUACUCUUGUCAUUGGACAGUGUUUGCAAAAUUGACAUGGUUUUGACUUCCUUUAUGAAUCUUUAUUUCUAUACCUCUGAGAUCCUUUUAGCACAGUUUUUACUGUGAUGAAAUAAUUUACUGGUGGAGAAUCUGCCAGGUAAACUGAUGCACCAUCAUACCUCUCAUUAGUGAUGUUUGAAAAAAGAGUAUUUCUAAUGAGGUCAUGUGGACAUGAAUUGGAAUUUUUACCAUUCAGUCUAUAUUACAUGGCAGGCUACAGGGCAUGGGGUCGCAAAGAGUUGAACACGACUUAGCAACUAAACAACAACAACAUAAUAGAUGUAAAGAAUUUUCUGUAAUAAACUAGACCCCUUACCUCACAAUGCCAGUAGGAUAAAAGAGCCAUGAACAUGAGUACUUUUCUGAGGCCUAAAUGGAUAUUAAUGGGAAUUCAGGAACAAUUUCUCAGUUUUUUGUUUGUUUGCAUUUUAAUUUGGCUUUUGUUUGUUACUAAGAACAAGGAGAGGGUUAUGCUUGUCUGGGAACUGGAGUGUGUGCAGUAGGGAGGAUCCUGUGGGUCACUGGGCAUGGUGCUCUGUGAAUCCAGGGAGCAGGAGACCGAGUUCAAAGGUUUGGGAGCUGAUGCUAAGUGGUAGAUGAAGGUGGGUGAACCCACACCUCCCUUGGCUCACAAUAAACAAAUUGUUAAACAGAUGAGAUCUUCUGUUUCUGUUUACUCCAGCACAGCAUAGACUGCUGAGAAUCUCUCUGGAUUCUGGGUUUUCUUAUAAUACCUUUUUAUCUACAGCCCUGAUUCAGAUGUAUUCCUUCUAGAGCUUUCGGGUAAUGUUAGGAAAGGAGUUAAAUAAUGUCUUUAACAUAUCUCUUAGAAACAAGGACGUUAAGAUCAGAGAGAUUUAGGGACUUGUUAAGACCCCAUAACUAGUGGAUCCGUUGGCUGUCACUUAGCUGUAACUAGUCAGGCCUGAAGACAGAAUCAGUUGGACUGAUCUGUAUGUUGUCCCUGGCCAGUCAGCCUGGAUGACAUUGGAUCUGUUUCAAGUUUGCAAAACUGUAAUUUCUUGGUUACUGAAACACACUUAAGUCUUCAUUUUCUCUAUGAAAUGGAGAGAAAGCUCAACUCAGGGUUUUCUGAGGAUUAGAGGGAUUGAUGAAGGAAAAGUAUCUAGUGGCCAUGCUGGUAGUGGGGUCUCAGACAGUGUCCACGUCCUUUCCUUUUCUCUGAUCCGCAGUGGUGUGUUGAGUGGACUGACCACACUGAAGGAGCCAGUGCAUCUGUGGCUGUUGGAGCUCCUGAGCACUCAUUGUGGUUUGCUCAGUUGAUUUGUCCCUUGGCUUCAGUGCUUUAUGGUGUAAGUCACCUGAUCUGUUGGUGUGUCUCUGUCAGCAAGAUUUCAUUUCCUUCCCCAAGAUGAACUCAGUCAAGAAUUAUUUGCUAAGCACAGCCAGCUCUGCAUAGAUCUUACCCAGCACCCUCAGUCUUAACACCCCUGGAACUCUUGUCUCUUCUCCCAGGAUACACCUAUGGAUUAGUUGCUGGCACUGCAUUCAUGUAUCUGUUUUAAUGAGGUCCUAUUAUGUGUCCAGGUACUUGGUUUUUUUUGAAGAGCAGACUUUCAACAAGCCUUUUUUUUUUUUUUCUUCCCCUGUGGUGGGUCUUUGUUGCAGUGUGCAGGCUUCUCUUGUGGCGAGCAGGCUUAGUUACCCCAAAGCAUGUGGGAUCUUGGUUCCCCAACCAGGGAUUGAACCCACGUCCUCUGCAUUUGAAGGCAGAUUCUUAACCACUAGACCACCAGGGAAGUUCCCACGUACUCUUUGCAGCUAAGGAUAUGAUAGUGGACAAGGAGACAAAAUGCUCAUUGUUGUGGAGCUCGUAUCUCAGUGAACAGUAAGAAUGGGGUGGUCAGGACUUCUGGCGGUCCAGUAGGACUCCUCACUUUCACUGCUGAGGGCCUGGGUCCAGUCCUUGGUUGGGGACCUGGAAUCCUGUAAGCUAAUGUGGGACAGCCAUAAAAAAGUGGGGGGGAAGGGUGGUUAUCCUUUUUUGCUCCUUUUGGUUAGGGUCCUGAGGUAGUUUUGAGCAGUGGGUUGAAGCACUUGUUGGUACAGGACUCUUGUGCUGUCUUCUGCCUCAGUCAUGUAAGCACAAAGGAGCCACGAGAUCAGAACAGUCUGGAAAGCUGACCUCCCACACUGGGGAGAGGUAUCUGUUCUAGACGGUCCACCAGACCUGUAAUGAACUUUGUAGGAACAAGAAAUAAACUUUUGUUAUGUUAAA